AUGAAUCAACCCAUAUCAAGACAUCAGAUCAAGUAUCUGACGCUGGUCGCCGCGCUCGCCUUCAUCUGGCUGGUAUGGCGUCUCGAUCUUCAUCGAGAGGUUGUCGAACAGGCGAAAAAGAUCCCACAUCCGCACUGGGCGCCCUACAUUGGUCACGAUCAAGUCUCCAAUGAGAUUCUCGCUCCCGAGCAGGCCACUGAGUACUGCGAUCACUUCCGCUUGGAACCAGCCAAUCAUGAGAUGGUCCGCAAGCGUAAGGUCUUCGACUUGCUCUUGAUCAAUACUGAGAUCGAGAUGCUCGAACUCCGACUCGGCCAGAUGGCUCCUUAUGUCGACUACUUCGUCAUCCUUGAAUCCGACAAGACCUUCACUGACCACCCUAAGCCACUGUACGUCAAAGAGAACUGGGAUCUUCUUAAGCCGUGGCACGACAAGAUGAUAUUACGCACUAUGGACCUCAACGCCUUCAAAGAGGGUUCGACCUGGGACCGCGAGACCAACAGCCGCAAUGCUAUGUUUUCGCAGGUCAUCCCUGGUCUUAAGGGUGCCCAGGCCGCCUCAUACGAUGACAUCAUUCUCGUGUCUGAUGUUGACGAGAUACCAAAGCCUGCGACUCUCCGGGCAUUGAGAAAUUGCGUGGUUCCACCGCGGGUGUCCAUUCACUCCCAAAUGUACUACUAUUCGUAUCAAUGGAAGGCUCGGAACGACUGGAGUCACCCGCAGGCAACCGUCUAUCAGGGCGAUGAUACUGUCUUGCCCCAUGAUCUCCGUCACAACGCGAACGACUACCACUUCUAUCAGGGUGGUUGGCACUGUAGCUACUGCUUCAGCACUGUCGAGGAGAUGGCGCAAAAAAUCAACUCAUUCUCUCACGCCGAGCUCAACAAGCCCGAGUUCAAGGACCCUGACUGGAUUGUGACGGUCUCCCGUCGUGGACUAGACAUCUUCGGCCGAGGCGACGCCAAUUAUGAUCGCAUCGACGAGAAUCUCGACGUUCCACACUACGUCAGGCAUAACAGGGACAAGUUCAACUUUUUGCUCGACCGCGACCCACCUAAUGGCAACUUCAGAGACUACACUCCCAAGUUGAUGGAGACGACUUUGCCCUGA